AAUCGCUCGUGUUGUAACUUUUAUUUAUAAAUCAAAUAACUUCAGUGUUGAUGUAAAGUUUGUGAUGCAAAAAUGAUCGAGUUUUUGGCCACUUUUGGGUUGUUUUAUGUGACGGUGGCGCUACUACCUUUGCUCGGAUUAAGCUAUUUUGUUCUAAACUUCAGUCACAAGCUUUGGAUCUUCACAAUUUCAAUCCUCCACCCCAAUGUCGAGUUUCUUCGCACUAUAACAGUCCGCACCCUGCUUGACACUCACCGCAACCAAGGAAUAAUCUCAGUUUUGCUCUGUGUCAAAGGUCAAGCCCAACCUGGAGCCAUCCGAAGACACCUCCAGGAAGUGGUGCGAAGACGCGACAAAUCGGGUAAUUUAUCAUUCCCGCGUCUACGCCACUGUCUCGUCACCAGGUGCGGAACGUACGCUUGGGAGCGGGGCAAAUUCGACUUGGACCAAAACAUCACAGUGGCCCCUUUGAGUUACAAGGGACGAGCCGUCACUGAAUACAACAUCCAGGAUUACGUGAGCGAAAUCGUGUCGAAAUACCUGCCACAGGGGAUUCCCCCUUGGCAGAUCAUUAUUAUCCCCUCGUCCGAGGACCAACAUUACAUUUUGUUAAAGUUGCAUCACGUUUUGUUAAACGAGGGGUUGAAUAUCGGUGAUUUGUUACCACUAAUUCCCCCAACGAAACAAAAUUUAGGGGUUUUCGUUACGAAAAGUCCCCUAGUUGAGGUGUUGCCCAGACUGGAGGCAAUCCCCAAAUUGAAGCAACGACUAGGGGAGGAAAUCGCCAACUCGUGGAACGAAUUUAUUUCAAAUUAUGACCCACUUGAAUGUACCCAAUUGCUUAAAACGACACCAGGGUUUUUUGAAUUUCAGGCAAUCACGUUGGUAGCACUGGUCUCAACUGUCAAAGAGUGUCGGAGAGGUUUUCGAGUCAUACGGAGUGACGUUUUAUCACGAUGUAAAUUUAUCAUUUUGACGUUUAAACGCGAAUGCAAGAAACGUAAAGUGACAUUUAAAAAUGUCCUAAAGUCGGUUUUAGUGACUUUAGAUCCGAGGAAUCUUGUCAAAUUAUGUGUCAAAUAUGUCGCCAUUUUGGUAACAUGGCCGUUGCGUCUCCAUUUUGUUUUCUAUCGCGAAUUUGUGGCUUUGUAUAAUUGUCUCGUUGUGGGUUACUGUAGUUACAACAAUACCAUUGUUGGUACUUUGUACACUUAUGUACCAUUGGUGUACCAAUGUUUGAGGGAGGUGUCCCAGUAUGUUGGUAUUGUGGUUAAAGCUCCACGUACCAUAAUUGAGGAUAUCCUCCUCCAGAAGGAAUCCUUCCAGACUAUAACUCUCUGUGGGCGAAAAUCAGUCGCAUGGUCCGAUUCUGUCAAAAUUGACCUUUUGAGGUCAAUCUCCAAAGCGACAGGAGUGUCCGAAAUUGAGGUCCUCCUAGCUGCAAUCUCCUCCUGUCUGUCAAAAUAUUUCCUCCAAACCAAGCACCUAAUCCCUGAUUCCCUCCCAAUUUCCCUCAGGAACAUCAACUCGAACUACAUUUUCGGGACUGGCCCCAAUUUGAGGCCCGAGGAUUCAGUCAGCGGCAUUUUAUGCCUCAAUUUACCGAUCCUUGACCCCGAGAAACAAACCUCAACAUUGGAGAAUCUCCUCGAAGUUAAAAAUAAUUUCCGUACAAGUUUAGAAAAACAAGGAUUAUCACACUUGUUGAGUUUGUGUCAAACAAAAUUCGGUUUUUUGACCAAAAUCCUUCCUUUAUCACUACUUUCAGUGUAUUUGCGCUACUUGUCGCGAAAAUACGCCGUUUCGGUGACCGAAUUGACCAGUCGCUACCCCAACGUGAGUCAGAAAACACUCUGGGGACAGGAAGUCACCUCGGUGAUUUACUGGCGCCCUCCACAGGCCAAUUCCAGCGUGUCACUCUGUCUGAAUGAAUACGCCGAUCAUGUCCGAUUGGGGGUUAUGUGUGACUCACAACUCGCCCCCCACCACCCAUUAAUGGCACGAGGCUUCACCGAACACGUCUACGAACUCGCACGAGCGGUCGCCGUACUACCAACACAAUAAAAGUCUC